AUGCUUAAAAAUGUCACGAUGGACAAUCAAUCGAGUUAUAAAAAGGUCAAACAUCUUGAAAAAGAUGGAAAAAAGCACUCUCCUGCUUUAACAACAGCUCAUAAAGAUUUACGAUUAAGUUGGGCUAAAGAUCAUAUGACCUGGAACAAUGAAUGCCACAAAGUUGUUUGGUCUGAUGAAAAAAAAUUUAAUUUGGAUGGUCCUGAUGGUGGUGAUAGCGUUAUGAUUUGGGCGUCGUUUGGUUGGGGUGGUAAAAGUUCAAUAUGUUUUGUGGACGGUUGA